AGUCAGCCCCCAUGAGAACUCAGUCCUGGAUGUGAAGUUGUUUUCUUUUUUUCCCUCGAGGCAUUCUAGCUGCCGUCACUACAUUUGCUGGGGAAUUCCUGUUUACUUGUCCUUCCAUGCUGUUCUUUCUGUGGUUUCCUUGUUUCUUUUUGUGAUGAGGUUCCAGAUGGCUCAGCAGUGCUUCCAAAAUGAAUAUUUUGACAGAUUGCUUGAUGCUUGCCAACCGUGUCGCCUUCGAUGCUCUAAUACCCCUCCUCUAACAUGUCAGCGUUACUGUAAUACAAUGAGAGGAACAAAUGUGAUACUCUGGACCUGUCUGGGCCUGAGCUUGAUAGUUUCUCUGACAGUUUUCGUGUUGAUGUUCUUGCUAAGGAAGAUGAACUCCGAACCAUUAAAGGACCAAUUUAAAAACACAGGAUUGGCUCUCCUGAACGAGGAUAAUGCUGACGUGGACAAUAGCAGUGAUGGCAGGACCGAUGCGGAAACCCUUCUUUCGAGGGGCCUGGAGUACACAGUAGAAGAAUGCACGUGUGAAGACUGUGCCAAGAGCAAACCAAAGGUCGAUUCUGACCAUUUCUUUCCACUCCCAGCCAUGGAGGAAGGUGCCACCAUUCUUGUCACCACGAAAACAACUGACUACUGCAGCAGCCUGCUAGCUGCCGCAGGUGUCUUGGGGAUGGAGAAACCAAUUUCUACCAUAUAAUUAACCGUUUCGACUGGUGUAGAGCUACUUUGAAAAUCUUUUGUCCGAAGGAAAGGAUGAUGUAUCAGAUCGCUUUAGGGUGAUUAUCCUUAUCAAUUGAUGAUAUAGCUUUUUGUCCUCUAAUUCUGGAAAAUCUUUAUGUUAGGUAUAUUUUUCUGCCUUAUUGCUGAGAGCUUGCUUAACUGUGGAAGCUUCCUAGUUUCAUGAUUAAAUUGAGUCACUGGAAAAAAAA